AGGCAGACAACACCGUUCUAAAUACGACACUAUGUCACCACCAAAUAGUGAAAAUGAUGAAAUUGUGGUGAAGUCGGAGCCUAGUGACGAUGUACAGGAAUAUUACUUUGCUAACAAUAGUCGAUCACAUGGUGGUAAUAGUAAUCAAAUGUCUGAAAGCCAAUCUAAGGAAAGAAUUAUGGAAUAUAAUAAAAAAGUACUAGCCGAUGCUAUCAAUAAAAUUAUAAAAGAAAACGAAAAGUGUCUAAAAGACCUGGGAUUGUUACCGGAAACUCCAGAAUCAGAAGUUGUACAAGAUAAGAAAAAUGAUGAUGAACAACCACCCAACACAGCUGUCACAAAUUCAAAAUCAAACGAACAGUCUGAAUCAAAAUCGGCUGAUACUACUUGUCGGUCGAAAGAAAAAAUGAUGAAAUAUAACAGCGAGAUUCUUGCUGAAACAAUAAAUAAAGUAAUCAUGGAAAAUGAAAAAUGCUUAAGGAGUUUGGGUUUGUUGCGUGAUGAUGAGCAGACUUCCGGCAUUUCUUCCGGUGCAGAAAGAGAGGACGAGCGAAAAAAGGAAGAAGAUACCCACAAGUCAUCAGUAAAUGAAGAUUUCAAUACGCCAAUUGAACGCAGUCGACAGCUUCUGAAAAAUGCAAUUCAAGACGUGAUUUCAGAAGGCGAAAGUGGUGCUCAGGAAACUACUGCACUCACUGAUAAGCACGAACGAUCACCUGAUGAUUUUCAAACCUUGGACUUGAGUAUGCGUAAAUCUUCGAAAAGUCGCAAUGAGUUUGCAUCGACAUCUCAAUUUCAAAAAAUCGUCAACAAUCCAUCACAAAGAGCUUGUAGCAGCGAAAAUAUUCACUCCGCUUGUGCUUUACCACACACUGGCAAUACCCGAGGAUAUCACGUACGUCACGGAAAGAGAAUUUUCCCGCGUUUUAAUGGAUCACGUGAUCAACAACAGCCUUGUAAUUCAAAGUAUUUGGAAACCUAUUGCGAACCUACGCUUAACAAACAUUUUAAAUCAAAACGUAAUAAUUUACAUAACUGCAAACCUGUGGAUUUAUCAUUAGAUGAAAAAGUCGACAAGAACACCGAAGUUCAAAGUUUAAAUCCAGAUAAAAUGGAAGAAUCGGUAGCUUGUUUCCAUGACAAAGACGAUGACACAAAGAAGGUUACAUCUCCUAACUCAUCUACAGAAACAAUGAAAAUGCCGAUUGACACUUGCGAUGAUUUAAAUUCGGAUUCGCCUUUCGAUUCAAGUGACGAAGCAAUGAUCGAGAAUGCAUUUGCUGAAUUCGCACAGAAAAAUUCAGAAUUGGAUGAUAUUGUGGCUUUGAUUGAUCCCAUGUUAGUGAGCGGUCGUUCGUCACAGGAAACCAGUUCGAGUGUCUUGGAUAAUACUUUCAAAAACCUAUUCGAUUUUAUCAAUGAGGACACGCGUGAUGCAGGUAACUGGCACGAUGACGUCAACAGGACAAGUCCGGAUUUGCUAUGCUCGGAGAAAAUGAAGGAUAGCCCGGAUAAGGAUACGUCACAUUCGGGUGAAUGUAUUGAUGUGAGCGACGAUGAAAACAACCCCAUGGCGACACAAAACAUUUGUACGCAAACAAGUCCAGAAUUCGUAAAACCGUCUUCUUUAAAAUCGCCUGUGACUCCAAAGAUAAAAUCCGUGUUCAGCAUAACGAAGGAAGGAAAUCGGUUUACCGCGGCAAAAUCAUCUUUGGAUCUAGAAGAAACUUCUUCUUCAUCCUUACAACAAGUAAACGUUGUUGGGAUAUCGCCUUCAGAAAAGGUGGGCAAAGUUACCAAGUUGACAAUGCAAUAUAUACCCGAAGCAAAUUGUAUUGCAAAAAAGAAAACCAAAAGGAAGAAAAGUUCGAAAUCGAAAGGAAAUAAAGUGAAUGAGAAUCAGUCACGUUACAUCAGCAUCAAUCGACCACCAUAUCAACAAUGUUUGAAUACACCACGACAUACACACACCAGUUAUCGAUACGUUCCACCCUACCAAUGGAAAGUUCGCAUCGGGGCAGCCCCCCAACCCGAAGUAGCAAAAUCACCCAUUUAUGUGACACCCAUGUAUGUAGCAAAUACUCAUCAACGCCACCAAGUGCAUGCACCGUUGCCCAAUCCUACCGGAAGCCGAUUUUACACCAUUGGAAAUUCCGUUCAUGUUGGGACAUCUGAGUUACAACCUACUAGGUUUGUUGUCCCUAACAACAGAAAUGAUGUCAGAUAUAGGAUUCGUGGAGCAAAUGUCUUCCGGUUUCCGACUUCGUAAUAAAAUGAGGUCAUUUUGUUAGUAGAAGCAAUAUGAUCACCACGUGUUCUUCGUCAAAAUAACUAAACCGAAGUCCGCAACUUAUUCUGGCAAACAUUACUCAGAUUUUCUUUAGGUCAUAAAUUUCAUUAUGCUACCUAAAAAAGACUAUUUGUGAAUUGGUGAACAUGGUACAGAAAUGGUACGCUUGAUUAAUGGUGUUAAUUAAUAUCAAUAUGUAUUAGAGCGCUGAUGGCUGUAAGAAAAUAUACAAGGUGACCCCGAAACUUAACCCAGGUCAUUUCGAACAUUUACCAGAAAGAACAUAACUUGUGUGUAAAGCGGCCUAGAUUACUGAAAAAGUUUGGAUAUUAUACACAAACAGAAGUUCAAAUGUUAAAUCAAUUUUCUUCAUUCUUAUAGAAAUAAUUAAGAAAUUGAAUGUUCUGUUUUUAUGGGUCAAUAUUAUAGCAAACAUAUUAUUGCAUAAAAAUUUUACUUUUGAAGAUACUCGGCUCGGUAUCUGUACUUGGUUUUUCUAUUUCGAUAUCGUUUUUCACUGAAAUUCAUUUUAGACGGAUUUUGUUUGUUUUUGAAUAAGCGGUUAAAGUUAGACUGACACUCAUUUUGUAAAAAAAACGUUUCUUUGGCA